CCGCCGUUGAAGAAGAAGAAGAAGAAGAAGAAGAAGAAGAAAAAACUAGUCCCGUUUUGCGGUCCCGAUCACGGGACUCUUGGGGGGUUUUGAGCUCUGGACUUUUACUGAUAAGGCAACACUCGUGUUUGGAGGAGAUGGACCGGGAUCAGAACCAGGACCAGAUCCAGGAUCAGAUCCGGGACCAGGACCAGAUCCAGGACCAGAUCCAGGACCAGGACCAGAUCCAGGACCAGAUCCAGGACCAGGAUCAGAUCCAGGACCAGGAUCAGAUCCAGGACCGGGGUCAGAACCAGGACCGGGGUCAGAACCAGGACCAGGAGUCCAGCAGGACCAAAACGGACUCUUCCUCCGCUGGUCUGCAGAAACAUAAAGCCAAAGAGAGAAAAAAUAGGAGGGAUAAAGUCCUCACCACUUCACCAGGUCUGAAGGUCCGAAAGAGGAUUCAUACUGAAGAGAAGCCGCACACCUGUGAUCAGUGUGGGCGAGCUUUUACCACGUCAAGUAUUUUAAGCCGUCAUCAGCGUAUCCACACUGGAGAAAAGCCGUACAAAUGUGAUCAGUGUGGGGCAGCUUUUACCGAACAAGGUAGUCUAAGGAAUCAUCGGCGUAUCCACACUGGAGAAAAGCCUUACAAAUGUGAUCAGUGUGGGGCAGCUUUUACCCGACAAGGUCAUCUAAGGCGUCAUCAGCGUAUUCACACUGGAUUUGAGCCUUACAGAUGUGAUCAGUGUGGGGCAGCUUUUACCGAACAAGGUCACCUAAGGCGUCAUCAGCGUAUUCACACUGGAUUUAAGCCUUACAGGUGUGAUCAGUGUGGGGCAGCUUUUACCCGACAAGGUCAUCUAAGGAUUCAUCAGCGUAUUCACACUGGAUUUAAGCCUUACAGAUGUGAUCAGUGUGGGGCAGCUUUUACCGAACAAGGUCAUCUAAGGCGUCAUCAGCGUAUUCACACUGGGGAUAAGCCUUACAGAUGUGAUCAGUGUGAGGCAGCUUUUACCCGGCAAGGUAGUCUAAGGAUUCAUCAGCGUAUUCACACUGGAUUUAAGCCUUACAGAUGUGAUCAGUGUGAGGCAGCUUUUACCCGACAAGGUGAUCUAAGGAGUCAUCAGCGUAUUCACACUGGGGAUAAGCCUUACAGAUGUGAUCAGUGUGGGGCAGCUUUUACCAAACAAGGUAAUCUAAGGAGUCAUCAGCGUAUCCACACUGGUGAUAAGCCGUACAGAUGUGAUCAGUGUGGGGCAGCUUUUACCCAACAAGGUCAUCUAAGAAGUCAUCAGCGUAUUCACACUGGGGAUAAGCCUUACAAAUGUGAUCAGUGUGGGGCAGCUUUUACCCGACAAGAUAGUCUAAGGAGUCAUCAGCGUAUUCACACUGGGCAUAAGCCGUACAGAUGUGAUCAGUGUGAGGCAGCUUUUACCCGACAAGAUAGUCUAAGGAGUCAUCAGCGUAUUCACACUGGGGAUAAGCCUUACAGAUGUGAUCAGUGUGGGACAGCUUUUACCCAACGAAGUAGUCUAAGGAAUCAUCAGCGUAUUCACACUGGGGAUAAGCCUUACAGAUGUGAUCAGUGUGGGGCAGCUUUUACCGAACAAGGUAGUCUAAGGAGUCAUCAGUCGAUUCACACUGGGGAUAAGCCUUACAGAUGUGAUCAGUGUGGGGCAGCUUUUACCCAACGAGGUAGUCUAAGGCGUCAUCAGCGUAUUCACACCAAAUAAAAAAUUGUCUGAGAUCAGCGUGGGGCAGCUUUUACUUGGAGAGCUCAGUUAAAGGUGCCAAUUUAGACAUGUUAUGUUGUUCUGAGAAAAAAAGAAAUCUGGAGUUUUGUUUUCAGUUUUAACUGAAAAAUGUGUUUAAAUUAGAUUUUUCAUCAGUUUAUGUUCCAUUGUUACAUCAUUUAAAUAAAAAAGUUCUUUGUUUGCCUGCUGGAUUUCAGUUUCCUGCUCACUGCAAUCUCACAACAAGACAUCAUUGUCAGAAUAUUAGAAAAGAGUCACACAGUAGUGCGUUUUUCAUGUGAUUUUUAUCACCAUACGUAUUAUUAAUGCUGGAUAUAAAUUCCCUCUGGACCUGAAAUAAUUCUAAAAUGACACCAUGACAUCUGUAUUUCGUUCAUCUGAUUCACACUAGAUAAGUGAAAUCUAUGUUGUACUGCCCUCAUUCUGUUGAACAAUUCCUUUCAUUUAACACUACAUUUUAAUAUUGAGUCAAAAGCAACUGAGCAGACACUUAAGCAUUAGAUUUCAGUGACUACCAUGUCACAAUCUGAAAAGGGACCAAAUGAAUAAAAAAGCAUUA